UUUUCAGAGGGGAGGGAGCCUCCCGAAAACAAAACAAAACCAAACCAAAAAGCCAAACCAGCACCACCCAAUUUCUGUUCCACUCUAUUCUUUCACACCCUUAAUCUGUUUUUGAGGUUUCCAUUAUUUGUUAUCCAAUCCCACCCCCUCUUCUUUUUUCUGUUAGACCCUCUUCUCCUUAGCUCUGUUUCUUUCUGUAUCAAACUACUGGUUCCUGUCCCUCCAAUUUUCACAAAAAUCCCAUUACACUUAUUCUUUCUGGGUUUUUUGUUCUCUCACUUCCAUUGGUUUUGGGUUAUUGGGUUUUAGUUAGAGCUAGUUUUUCUAGCUUCCUUGAGAGGUUCAAGAGUAGUUGAAGAUAAAGAUGGGGUUUGGAGGUAACAGGCUACCUUGGUGGGAUGUGAAGGAGAAGUUGCUUCUUCACUAAUCAAUCUUCCUCCUUGUACCAUCCUAAUCAACCUCUUAUUAAGGUAAAAAAGGUACAUCAUCAUCAUCGUCACCUCUCCCCAAUCUUUAUUUCUGGUGUUUGCUUCAUUCGUUCUUCAAGGAGCUGUUGCUUUUGAGCAAUUUUGGCUUCUGGUUUCCACCAUGGCCAAGAUUUUCAAAUAUAUCUCUCAAAUAUUUGUUGUGAAGGAGCGUGAAAUGGAAAUUGGGUUUCCAACAGAUGUGAAACAUGUAGCUCACAUUGGGUGGGAUGGUCCAUCUGAUAGUGCACCUAGUUGGAUGAAUGAGUUCAAAAAUCCACCCGAUUUCUCAACACUGGGUCGCAAUAACACCGGUGAUCGAAGGGACUCCUCCAGCAGCAUGGCUGCUUCCCCUUGGGCCUCUCAAGAUUUUGAGCAUUCCAUGCGCCAGCCAUCAACCAAUUUGAUAGACCUUCCUCCUAAUGACCUUGCAAAUGUUCCCAAGAAACCAAAGAGGAAAAAGGUCAAAUCUUCGUCUUCCUCCUCCUCAUCGUCGAGAUCGUCGCGACCAAUGAAGACGCCAAAGGCUACAUAUACGCAAAUGGAGCCAACACCAAACCUGCUAAUAUAGAAACACUUCAAGAUUGUCAGGUUGAUCAAGUUAAGAAUGUGCAUAGUAAGACUCUGGAUGACCUGCCCAUAUUUCCGUUACUCUGCAGUGUCACUGUCCACAAGGGCAAAGAAUGAUGAUGAUCCAACAAUUGGAACAUAACUUAGAAAAGCAAUUAGGUUUUUGGGAUGAAUUCAGAAUGUGAUAGUUGAAAGUGGAAGAUGAUUGUCCAAAGGGUGACACCAGUCUAGAAAGACACCAACUUUUUUUUUGCUUUUCUCAUUAAUGUAAUAAGCAUGCAGAGAGUUGAAGGAUUUGG